AUGUCUAACCACCAUCGUAAUCUAAGAGAACUCUUUUCUUCAAAAUUCUCUAAACCUUUUUCCAACCUCCCUUCUGAUAGAUUACGAAUUGGGAAGUCUCCAAUAGCUGUUGGCAACUUUAUACAAUAUGCAUAAAAAAAGAAUGCUGAAGAAAAAUAACAAAGAAAUCAUACUCCUGUACAUACUCCAAACAAAAUAAGAAUUGGAUAAGUGAAUGUGAAUGAAUAUGCAUUGCCAUAUAAAAACCCUUAGCAAAGUUUUUUUAGUAAAGAUAGUAAUAGAUCAAGAUCAAAAAGUCCUAUGUAAUUAUCAAUACAAAAAUCACCAAAACAAUCCACAAUAGAUUCAAAAAAGAUUUAUGAAAAUGAUGACUCCAUGAAUCUCAAUCGAUAAGUUUCUCAAAAGCUAUCUAAUCAUAAUAAAUUUGCGAGUGCUAACCUAAAAAUCAAUAUCAAUGAAGUUCCACAUAUAAAAAUACCUCAGGUGAGUUCUACUACAAAAAUAAAACCAAAUGUUUAAAACUUUGAGAGCAUCUUUAAUUCUUUGCUUGUGAAAUAUGAUUCCAUUCAAUAAUAGGCGUAGUAACGUCCACCCAUCAAAAAGGUAUAUAAGGAAGAGCCAGAAGAUGAAGAGUUAUAGAUUGAUACGUAGAUUUGUGUCGCUAAGUCUAGUUUCACUUUUCACUUUGUGAUAGGGAAGGGAGGAUUCGGAAGAGUAUGGAAGGUUGAAUUAAAAAAGAAUAGAACUUAAUAUGCAAUGAAAGAGAUGUCUAAGGCUAAGAUAAUAUCGAAAAGAAGUGUAAAUUCUGUUAUGAAUGAAAGAAACUUAUUAGCAUAAUUUAAACACACCUUUUUGAUUAAUAUGAACUACUGCUUUCAAGAUAGAGAUAACUUAUAUCUUGUAAUGGAUCUUUUAACUGGAGGCGAUCUUAGAUAUCAUAUUGGACGCUUGAGAAGAUUUAAGGAACAUUAAACCAAAUACUUUGUAGCUUGUGUUAUUUUAGCAUUAGAAUACCUACACAAUUCAAAUGUUAUUCAUAGAGAUGUCAAGCCAGAAAACAUUGUACUUGAUUGCAAUGGAUAUGCUAGAUUAACUGAUUUAGGAAUAGCCAGGAUUUGGAAGCCUGAGAAUUCUUAAGACACAAGUGGUACACCUGGAUAUAUGGGUAUUAUCAAUUCACAAUUAUACCUCUAGCUCCGGAAGUGAUGUGUAGGUAAAAUCAUACUAUUGCUGUUGAUUACUUUGCUUUAGGAGUAAUGACGUAUGAAUUUAUGCUUGGAAGAAGACCAUAUAAUGGAAGAACUAGAUAAGAGAUCAGGGAUCAAAUUCUCACAAGAUAAGUGCAAGUGAAAAGAAACGAAAUACCUGAUGAUUGGUCUAUUGAUGCUGCUGACUUCAUUAAUAAAUUAAUAUAACGCAAACCUAAUAAUAGACUCGGAUUUAAUGGGCCUCAUGAAGUGAAACAGCAUCCAUGGCUAUAAACUUUUCCUUGGACCAAAUUACUUAAUAAAGAGAUACAAUCUCCUUUCAUACCACCAGUACAUCUAUAUUUUUAUAUACUUAGCCAAUUUAAGAGAAUUUAGAUUAUAUAAAUAAUAUUAGUGAGGAUAAUGAUACUCAAGAUGAAUAAAUUGUAGAAAAUAGAUUGUUGUUAAAAAAGAAUUCUGUGUAAAGUAAGGCUAUUAAAUAACCUAGAUUUAUUUUAUGGAUAUAGUUAUGAUUAAAACACCUAAACCUAAUUAAAAAAUACAAAAAGUACAAGUAGCACUUUAGUAGUUAAUUGA